AUGUACCUGAAGAAGCCGUUCUGGAGCGACGGCUUGAACUCGUCGGAAUCGGAGGACGAAUCUCAAUCGCCGGUGAAGGAGUUGGUGAAAUCGUUAGACAAGCAAAGGCUGUACAGGGAGGUGACACUCGCUCUCCGUACCGGACUGGGAGAUGCACGCGCCGAGUUCUCAUUCCUCCGAGUCCGCGGCCUCCGCAGCAUUCUCAAAUUCCUACAGUCCGUCGCUGAAUCUGAUUUCACCAUCACUCUCUUUUGCCACUCCCAAUCCAUCCCUGACCUUCAAGUGGUUCCAGUGCUGUUUGAACACCCUCUGAAAGAAAUAGAAGACCAGACAGUAACCAGUCUGAACCACAUAUUUACUGUUGAACCUAUGAAAAUAACUAGUCCUUCAACGGAUGCUGAAGUGGCUAUUGCACUAAGAGUUCUGGAAGGAUGUUGUCUUCUUCAUCGAGAGAGUACAGUCUUGGCUCAUCAACACAAGGCAAUUCCAGUCUUGAUGAAUAUCUUGUCAACUCGUGGAGUACUUGAGCAAGGUGCAUGCCUAGAUGCUUUAAUCUCAAUUAUGCUGGAUUCAUCUGCCAAUCAGAUGGAUUUUGAGGCAUGCAAUGGCAUCGAGGAAGUUGCUGUUCUUAUAAGAGAUAAACAAGCAGAAGAAAGUCUCAGGUUGAAAUGUGGCGAGUUUUUAUUGCUUCUCAUUGGUCAUUUAAAUGGAAGGGAAACACCUCCCAUGGCAACAAUACACAAGGAUCUAAGGCAAUUCUUGGGGGAAAAAUCUGCUUCCUUGAUAUGGGCAGCAAGUCAAUUUGGAUCCACUCUGGAUCCAGAGCAAAGAUUGACAGCACUGCACAUUCAAGCCCGCAGGGUUCUCGAGUCAGUCGAUCAUUACUGA